UGCGGCGCUCGGGAUGUAAGGAGCAAUGGCGACGGUCGAGACGGUUUAGGAGGCCAGAGCGAGCCGGAUCCGACCAAACAGAGCUGGACUCAGGUUUGAGUCCCUUCACUUCCAUCUAAACUCUUCAUCAUAGAGUUUUAAAAUGGAAACUGAAGUGUCGUCCUCGGCGAGCUCCGUCUCCUCCUCCGCCCCCCAGACCUCCUCCGCCCAGACCUCCUCCGCCCCCCAGACCUCCUCCGCCCCCCAGACCUCCACCCCCCAGACCAGCCUGGCAGCCAAGCAGAGAGACCCCAGGAAGCCCUCCUCCUCUACUCCGGCCUUCCUGUCCAACCUGGGCCGGGCGACCCUGCGGGGCAUCAGGAAGUGUCCCCAGUGUGGCGUCUACAACGGGACCCGCGGCCUCAGCUGCAAGAACAAAGCCUGCGGCGUCUCCCUGAGGAACGCCUCGGCGGCGGCGGGCCGGAGCAGCAGGAAGAGCGCGGUGGAGGUGGUGAAGGUGAUCAUAGACAGCGAGGAGAGGGGGGGGAAGGAGCGGGAGGGGGGAGGAGGCGUGCUGGGAGGAGGCGCAGGUGGAGGAGUGCAGGUGUUUUCGGUGUGUCACAGAGGACGAGGAGCCGUAGCAACGCAGCACGGCUUCGUGGAGCUCGUUCCCACGGAUACGGCCAUAGCGACCGGAGACGGCGCCACGCUGCUGACACGCAUCAACCUGGGACGCUGCUUCCUGCCCUCAUGCAGGCAGGGUCAAAGGUCAAACCAAGGCGAGGCAGAACCAGCAGCCGCCGCGUCCAAACCGUCCUCCGACAGCCUCUGUGUCCACAUCAAACAGGCCAUCGAGUGCCGGAGCCGCGCCACGCCGCUGACCCUGAAGAGCUCCGUGCUGGAGGCGCUGCAGGCCUCCGUCCAGGCCCGCGAGGAGCUGUGGCGCCUGGCCACCGAGUCUCUGGGCCCGUUGGUGCAGCGCGUCGCCAGAGACACCCUGGUGGUGAAGUGCCACACGGACUCCCAGCAUCCUCUGGGGCUGCUGCACCUCACGGUGGGUCCAGGAGGACUCACUGAGACUAAGACCAGCGAGAGGAGGAGCAGCAGGGAGCAGCACAGCCUCUUCCACUGCGCCUGCCAGGCUGCUAGCAGCAGCGUUAGCGUUAGCAGCAGCAGCAGAAGGAGUAAAGGAGCUGAUGGAUCCUCCCAUCCUCCUCCACCUCCUGCUGCUGCCACAUCUCCACCCUGCCUCCACUUCUACGCCUGUGUUUGUGCCUUUGCCAGCGAUGAGAAACUGGCGUCAGAGUUCGCUGCUUUCAUCGACUACACGCCCAACGGUGUGCAGCAGAACAGAGUGAUCAGUGAGAAGCCACCAGCUGAUCCCGUCAACUCUCAUCAGAAAACUAAGAAGCUUCGCCUCGAUGAGUCUCUCUCUGUGUCCUCUCUCUCUGGGCCGGCCAAGGACGGAGGGUCCAGGAAGGCUGCUCACAGGAAAGGUCCCGGGGCCGCUGGGCUGAAGGCUCCAGGGAGCUGGCAGGCGGUGGAUGAGCGGUCGGUGGCGUUGGGUUUCCUGCCGUGGCUCGCCAGCGUGACGGAGAGGAUCCACCACACCAUGCACUACCAGUUUGAUGGGAAGCCCCAGCCUCUGGUGUACCUCGUCCCUCAGGAGUUCUUCAACGCUCUGCAGCAUCGUCUGUCGCUCGGCUCCAAGAAGAGGAGGCUGCCCAACUUCACCACAGCGUUUGUGAGGAACGAUGGUCUUCCUCUGGGUUCGUUCUCCAGGUUCACCUGGCACAUCACCAGCGCCGCGCAGGUCAAACGCAUCUUUGACACUUCGGAGCUGCCUCUGGAGCUCUCUCAGAGCUUUGUGAAGAACGUUGACGGCUCUUAUUCCCGUUUCCGGUGUCCUGAUCCUCCUCCUGAACCAGAACUACCGGACGGGUACCGGACCGACCGGCCCCAGGCCAUCCGGCCCAUGGAGCUCCGCACCUUCCUCAAAGUCGGCCCAGCGGAUCAGAAGGGAUCCAGCCCGUUUGUGAUCGAGUGGAUCCCGGACGUUCUCCCUCGCUGCCAGAUGGGCGAGCUGCGUCUCAGCUUUGAGUUCGGCCAUCAGCAGAGCGGCCAGACGGAGAACGCAGAGAAGACGCCGCCGCCGGAGAGAGGAAGUCGCAACAAGUCGGACUGUGUUCAACCCAAACAAUCCAAAGCUGUGGAGAUCCUGCAGGUGGUCGUCUAAUUAUUUAAUUUAAUUAUUAAUCACAGAAACAGUCUCUCUGAUAUUAAUAUUAACAUAGACAGUUUCUGACUCACUCCAUAUAAACAUGUUAUAUUAUGGUACAGAUAAUCAAUCAGCCUUAUGAAUCACAGGAUAAUAUUCACCAACAGCAUAUCUAAACAGGCUAGUUUAUAAGUGAAGCACUCAUCAUAAUGUCUGAUACUUAAUGCUAAAUAUUCAUAAUAACAAACCCACGAAUAACAAAAACAGUGUAUUCUUGCAUAUAUUUGUUCAUUUUUUUAUUUAAAGAAACUACAAAUGAGGAACUUUUGCUAAAGUUUUGUUAAAAUGUUCCCUGUACUCUAAUUCCUAACUUUUCCUUUAAGUGUGAACACCUGUAUGUUUUCAACAAACUUCUCAGAGAAGGAUUUGUGUUCUGCUGAAAGCUUAAAGAAAAUAAAGCACUU